CAGAGAAACUAAUAUGAAAUCAACAGCGAAGCAGUAGCUUUGGCAGAAUAUUUUACGCUCAAAUAGCGUAGAUAAACGCCAGAAACGAAAAAAAAAGCAGUACUGCAGUAGCUGUCAGCUUUCAGUUUCGGAUCAGUAUGAAACAAAAAGUUGUCGUUUGUAUAUUAAAUAGUAACUCGAUUUAAGAUGACCGAAAUUUGGAAUUUAAACGCAUUGUGCAGAUGUUGUCAUGCUGACGGAAACUUUAGAGAUUUAAAUUCAAAUUGCAACGUAAUGGGUUCUGUUGAAUUAUGUACGGAUUUGUUGAAAGAUACAUUUGGGAUAAAUCUACCAUCACCAUCUAUUGAAGUCAGUAAUACCAUAUGUGAUGAAUGUGUACAUCAGUUGCAAAAUGCUACAAAAUUCAAGAGACAGGUGAUGCACUGCGAGCAAAAGUUUCAGGAGUAUUGUAAAAAUGAAUUAUUGCAAAAUAUAAAUAUUAAAUUAGAGAAUGAAGACGAUUACCAUGUUAUAGUGAAAACUGAAAUAGCUUUGAAAGAUGAAGAUAUUGAUCACGCUUAUGAAUUAAAACAAGAAACGCCAGCAAUUGAUAUAGAAUAUAAAAUUCGAGAUAACAGACCAGAGGAUGAACAAAAGAUAGAAGAAAUAACCACUACACAACACAGAAAGCAAGAUAGUAAAUAUAAAAAAGCAAACCUCACGUGCAAUAUCUGUGAUAUUCAUUUCAAAAGACUCGAGACAUACAACAAACACGUGGACAACCAUUCUAUAUGUGUAAAUCCCACGAUUCCUCUAACAGACAUCAAGAAGUUUGACUGCAAGAUGUGCAGCAAAAGUUGCCGUACGAUAAAUGACUUGCGUGCGCACAGAAACAAACAUACCAGAGAGAUUAUAUAUAUUUGUGAUAUAUGUAAAUCGGAGUUCCUCAACAAGAGCUCGUUGAGGAGGCACUUGCUCUUGCACUUGGGGCUCAAUAAGAAAUACAUGUGCCAUACGUGCGGGAAUUCGUUCAACGAUAUAACGAAUUUGAAUAAACACAUAACGACCGUUCACGAUAAGCUGAAACUCCACAAGUGCACGCUCUGUCCGAAGGAAUUCGCUGCGAAAAAAACGUUGAAGGUUCAUAUGCGUAUUCACACGGGAGAGAGGCCGUACAAAUGUAAAACGUGCGAUAAGGCAUUUAUUUCCUACUCAUACCUCGCUAAGCAUGAGACUUAUCAUGAAAGAAAGAGAAAAUUCGGCGGUAUAUAUAUUUGCAAGUUUUGCAAAGACGUUUUCGAUCAUCGUGGAGUUUAUGUAUCACAUUUAAGAUCUCACGUCACGGCGAGACAGUAUAAUUGUACGGAAUGCGGUGAAAAUUUCGCGAAUGGGUACACUCUAAAACGUCACUCGGAAACGCACGGCGACAUACCGAAAUACGCUUGCGAUAAAUGCGAUCGCAAGUUCAUGACGAAAGCUAACCUACGCAAACAUAAAUUAAAUCACGAUACGAAUAAAUUGAACACGAAGACAAAAGUGAAGAUUGAGAAAGUUAAGUGUAAGGUCUGUAAGAGGUCGGUUACAAAUAUAGACAAACAUCUGAACGCACAUUAUAACAGGCGACACCAAUGCGAUUUCUGCGAUAAAGCGUACGCCGAGAGGAACACGCUGAACCGACACGUGAAACAGUUCCACGAUGGAGUACGCCAGGAGUGUGACGUGUGCGGAAAGAGAUUUCUAAAAACAAGUACUUUGAAGGCACAUCAGAAGAAAUGUCAUAAUUUAACCAUAAAGAAAAGUGAAGAGGAAUGAUGAAUAAUUCUGUACGCGUUUUUCCGUCAUGUUUGUGCUAAAGUAAUAUAAUAAUUGUUAUGGCGAUCGGUUGAACGAUAUAAAAGUUGGUUGUAACUCGCCGUCAUCAGAUCGGAUGUCGGCGAGUUACAACAAAGUUGGUAGCAUCAAAAUUCCCCAUGAGAAAUUACAAAUACGUGCCGACUUUCAUGGAGAUUGGUCAAACGAUGUCAUCUUAAGCCAACCAACAUUUUUAUACAUAUGAGGAUACCACGUAGGAUACCAUGAGUAUCCCAUUUGAUACUUAACUAGUCCUUGUUAUUUGUAUGAUGUUAUAUGAUGAUGGAUAUAACUAAGAGUGAAAUCCUAAUAGAUAUUGGUACAAUAAUAUAAAAUAAUAAAAUAUGGGUACUU